UUAUUUUAUUUUAUUUUAUUUUAUUUUAUUUUAUUUUAUUUUAUUUUAUGUUUGUGUCUGUUUCCUGGCUGUGUGUUCGCGUUUUAUACAGACCCAGGUAUCAGGAGUUGAAAUGACAUAGAAAAAGCCUUCAAAGCGCUGACUGCGACAUGAACUCCUUCCACUUGAUGCCAAAAGGAGGUAAACUGAAACUCCAAGAAUGAUGAUCAGCUCCCUGGCAAGUUACAGGAAAACCACAUACAAGGCAACUAAAUAAAGACUACGGUAUGAGUGCUUUGUCAGAUAAACUGUCCAAAAGACGUACAUACUUGGAGGCUGUUAUAUUAAAGUGUUGAACUCUACUCUGUGUGUCCCUUCCUAGUACCCCAACACUUCUGCUUAUGAAAUGCUUCAAAAGGAGCUGGUGUGGCUUAUUUGUCACUAAAGUGAACUACAUUGGAUAUAAAACAAAAGAUGACAUCUACAUUUUUGCUCAUUGGUCAUCUCAUUCUACUGAUACAGUUCAGUGCUGAAGGAUGUGUUAUUUGUAAUUACUUUGUGCUUGUUGGAGAACCUACAGCUGUCAGUUGCCCAAUAAUUACACUGCCAGUGCUUCGUCCUGAUUACAAUCUCACGUGGUACAAAAAUGGUAGUGCUACACCAGUAACCACAGAGAGAGACGCCAGGAUCCAUCAGCGUGAGGGCUUGCUUUGGUUUAUUCCUGCAACGCUGGAAGAUUCUGGACUUUAUGAAUGUCAUGUAAGGAGGCUUAACCACUCUAACCAAAAAACUAUAAAGUUAACAGUUUUUGAGAAUGAUGACGGUUUGUGUUUCAACGGAAAAAUGAAGUUUGAACAAAAAGUGACAAGCACAAAUACUGGAAAGAUUAUAUGCCCUGAUCUAGAUGUUUUUAAAGAUGAAGACAAUAAUCAGCCUGAAGUACACUGGUAUAAGGAGUGUAAGCCUGGAUUUCUUGAAGACAAGCGACUUCUUUUGGCAGAGGGUGAAAAUGCCGUCUGGAUUCGCAACGUAACUGUACAGGACAGAGGAAACUACACGUGCCGUAUGAUAUACACAUACAUGGGAAAACAAUACAACGUUUCACGAACCGUUAGUCUAGAGGUUAAAGAAGGACAGAGGAAACCAGAAUUUAUUUAUCCAAAGAACAACACAAUUGAAGUAGAACUCGGCUCUCAUGUAGUUAUGGAAUGUAAUAUAUCAAGUGGCAUAAAUGGCUUGAUUCCAUUCUGGCAAGUUAAUGAUGAGGAUGUCGAUAGCUUUGAUAGCACCUACAUGGAACAGUUUUAUGAAGAGAGUAUGCCUUAUGGACUUGCUGUAUCUGGAACAAAAUUUAACAUUUCAAAAGUGAAAGCAAAGGAUUAUGAGCAUAAGUUUUUCUGUCACUUCAUAUAUGGUACUCAACAAUUUACAGCCUACAUCAAACUGGAACGCCCAGCUCGGAACAUUCAGGGUUACUUAAUUGGGGGAGGAGUUUCUUUGGUAUUUUUACUAUUUUUUACUCUCCUCGUCUACAAGAUCUUCAAAAUUGAUAUUGUGCUUUGGUAUCGGGACUCCUGUCGUCCUUUCCUGGGUAAAAAAGCUUCAGAUGGGAAGAUCUAUGAUGCUUAUGUGCUGUACCCAAAGAACAGAGAGAGCUGCUUGUAUUCAUCAGAUAUAUUUGCACUGAAGAUACUGCCAGAAGUCUUAGAAAGACAGUGUGGAUACAGCCUCUUCAUAUUUGGGAGAGAUGAUUUACCAGGAGAAGCUGUGAUCAGCGUUGCUGAUGAAAAAAUCCGUCAAAGUAGAAGAGUGAUAAUUGUUUUAGUACCGGAACCCUCCUGUUACAGUGUUCUAGAAGAUGUGUCUGAAAAGCAUCUAGCCAUGUAUAAUGCUCUUAUCCAAGAUGGCAUUAAAGUAAUUCUCAUUGAACUUGAAAAAAUACAAGAUUAUGCAACCAUGCCAGAAUCCAUCAAAUAUAUUAAGCAAAAGCACGGGGUUAUCCGAUGGAAAGGGGACUUCUCGGAAAGGUCUCACUCAGCACGUACUAGAUUCUGGAAGAAAGUACGCUACCACAUGCCAUCCACAAAAAAUAGAUCUUCAUCACGAUUGCAUUUAUUACCAAGAAACUUUAAUACUUCUCCCUAAAUAACAACAGAAAAAUGACACUUAAUGACUAAUUCAUUUCACAUAGUUGGUGAUGGAUUGAUUGAAGGUCACAUGUAUCAUCCAAAUUUUCUGGAUUGAAGGUACUACAACUUCAUCAGCAGAUGUGAAUCAUUUUUUCUUCUGGCCAGACCAACAGAAUGCCUUGAAAUGUCAUCAGUAGCACAGUGAUGAUAUGGAAACCAUGUUGGAAGUACAUGAGGUCUUUUCCAAGAAUUGCACUGUGAUCUGGUGGAAUUCUGGUAUUAAAAAUGGAAGGAGAAAAAAACUAUCAAAAAAAAAAGAAAACUUUUUUUUUUCAAUUAAAGGUUGAAUAUGAAGGGAACUCUAUUAAUUAGAAUUGUGAUAGUAUGUAAUGAGUGUGGUUGAUGCCAGUAAAUGUUUUUGUUUCAUUUUUUAAAAAGAAAUUACACAAAACUCCUUUGUUACAA